GCGACGCCUCCUUUACCUUCUCUAACUCUAGUUAGUCGCGCUUUGCGCUCUUUCGAUUAACGACCCUUCUUAUUCCUUUUAUUAUAAUAUAUUAAUAUCGAAACUUCAGAGGAGUUUAUUAAAUAAUUAAAUCCGUUAAUCGUGAAUGAAUUAAUUUAAAUGCUGGUUUGUGCGUGAAGGGUGAAAUUUGGAAAGUACUGGAAGUUUGACUGGUUCACACAUUUAAAAACCAACAUGUGGAGAACUCAAUUAAGGCAACCGAAGCAUCGAACGAAUUAAGUCUCACAGAUUGAAUGUUCUAUUACAUAUUUGCACACCUGUUAAAAGAAGAGAGCAAAAUGGAGUCUGAAAUUCAUCGAUUCGACAACAAUACCUUAAACGAGGUCCUCAAUAGGAGCAACGAAGUCGACCCUAAACUUUACGAGAGAUACGUCAUGAAUAAGGCCAUUGACGAGCCCUUUUACUCGAUUCUAAUUGGAAUGUAUUGUCUCUUGAUCGUUAUGGGCGCUGUCGGCAACACACUUGUGAUAAUCGCCGUAUUUCGUAAACCGACGAUGCGCACUCCCAGGAAUAUGUUCAUCGUAAAUUUGGCGGUGGCCGAUUUGCUGCUUUGCACCGUCACGAUGCCACUCACCCUAAUGGAAAUCCUCACCAAAUACUUUCCGUUGGGAAACAACUUGUUCGUAUGCAAAACGAUCGGAAUCCUCCAGGCGACCAGUACCUACGUCUCGACCAUUUCCAUUACCGCGAUCGCCCUCGACAGAUAUCAAGUGAUUGUGUAUCCGACAAAGGAAAGUCUUCAAAUAUUCGGAGCAGCCUUUAUUCUCUUAUUAAUCUGGCUGGUGGCCUUGAUACUGGCCAUGCCGUUAUUCAUAGUGAGACAUUUGAAACAUCACGAUCUACCUGGACUGGAAAACGACAUUCUCAGUUUGGACUUUUGUAUCGAAAACUGGCCUAUAGUUCAUGGGAGGGCUUUUUAUUCCAUUUUUACGUUAAUUUUUCAGUAUACAGUACCUAUUAUUAUCGUUUCGGCCGCCUAUUACAGGAUAUCUUAUAAGCUGCGAUACAGAUUUCAAGCGGGUUUCGUUAGCACCGAAGACAAUCUACAAAAGAACAGACGGCAACUGCGUGGCAGGAGACUUCAGAAGACGAACAUUCUGCUUCUGUCUAUCGCGAUUAUUUUUUGCAUCAGCUGGUUACCUUUGAACCUGUUCAAUCUUAUUGCGGACUUGUAUCCGGAUUCGAAUAAAUUCACCAGUCAGAAAAUGAUGGUGGUGUACGCGAUCUGCCACAUGAUGGGCAUGUCAUCCGCCUGUUCCAACCCGAUCCUCUACGGUUGCCUGAACGAGAACUUCUGGAAGGAGUUCAAGGACAUCCUGUGCAUCGAAAAGGCCACCGAUGAGGUGGGUGCCACCACUCAAAAAAUCUCCCUACGAAAGAAAAACAACAAGGGAACCCUCUUAAAGCCGGAAAUGAUCACAGAUGCCACCAACUAUCAACAGUGUAACACGGUGAGCUCCGAUUUGACGGUCUUGACGAAGUGUUAGCGGUUAAAGAACAUUGCUGCUGCCCGGAAUCAAUUGGCCAGUAGUAGUGGGAGGAAUAAUGUGAUGAACACUUUGGUGUAGAAAUGUGAUAUUGUGAAUGUGAUUGUGAUGGAGAUGUUCGAUGAUUAUUUGGUAUGAUGGUAGCAGAGUGUCGAUCUCUGCAAGACAGUUAUUUCAUUGAAUCAUUUUUUUUAUGAAAUUAACAAGCUCUACACAGAUGUAAAACCGAAUUUUGAGGUGUGAUAUCAGUCAUGUAGCCUGGUAAGAAAUUGAGGUAUUUAACGUGUUAGUGUACGUGCACACAGGAUGCGAUUAAGCGAUAAGCGAUGCGAUGCGAUUCAACGCGAUCUCGCGAGUCUGUUUGAUUUUCAAGCAAGUUUGAUUUUAAUUGUUUGGGUCCUCGUGCUGCUAGUUAUUGUCUAGUUAUAUUUGUCCAUAUUUCGUGUGGUAUGGAUGCAGAAAAAUUAAUAAAUGCAGUCCGAGUGCGUCUUCCACUAUGGGAUCAACAAAACAAAGGCUAUCGAGACGGGACAAAGUUGAGAAAUUAUGGCAGGAUGUAGCUGCAGAACUAGACGUUUCAAGUAAGUUAAACAUGGUGUUUAUAUACUUUAUAUAAAAAAAAAACUUUUUUUAAUUUACGAAAAAUAUAAUAAUAAUUAUACUAAAUACGAUUUCAAAAUAUGUCUUAAUUCAUAUGCUUGUUUUGACGCUCUGUUAUUUACACGUGAGGCAGGCUGGCUGAUCAUGUCACUGCAAGUUUGUUCGUGAUUGUUUAUAUCAUAAUCAUGGAUUCCUUCUCGGUAUAUUAUAAUAUUGUGUAGCAAACAAGCGCAUUUAAUUAUGAUUUCUGCUAUGGAAGGGUCGGUCUCUAUUGCUUUCGUUAAUAUGCUCCACCUACCCACUAGAAUACCAAAUGCACAUUCCACACACCUCCGAGCUCUGCAUAGCCUACGGUGGAAAUUCUCAUUUUCAUCUGUGAGUUGCCUUCGAGCAAAUGGUCGUAUUAGGAAAUGUGUCAACGGAUAUGCUUCAUCUUCAAUCAAAUAGAACGGUAAUUUUUUGUUGUUGUCUUGGGUAAAUUAAACUUUUUAACAAGGCAUAUGUUUGUGAUGACUGAAAGAUUCCUUCAUCGCUUUGUUUUCCAUAUGUACCCACUUCUAUGGACAGUUGUAGUUGGUGUUAGCCACAGCUUGUAAAACGAUGGAAAAAUAUUGUUUAUAACUGUAAAACAUUGUUCCUGAAUUCGCCGGACAUUUAAUUCGUACAUGUUUACCAUCAAUCGAGCCGACGCAAUAAGGCAAAUUCCAUUUAUUCCAAUAGUCAGAGGCGGAACCGGCAAAUAUGUAGCAACAUAAACUUUCCAUAUUGCUUCGCAUGUUUGUUUAACUAUCUUUGCCACAGUUGAAACGCCAAGGCGAAAAGAGAAUACUAGCAAAGUAUAUAGAUUUCAACAAGUAGAAUCACUUCUUUGAUCGCCUCAAAAUGCAGCCUUUUUUAUAAAUCACUUGUAAACUACGCCGGCACCCCUCGCAUGACAGGAUACAAGUCCGUCCAGAAAGUUCACAUUAGAAAUGCGUUUACGGGGGGGGUAAUAAGGAAAGUAUUAAGUUUAAUAAUAUUAUUGGGUAAAAUCAUGGUUUUUUUAUUUUAAAAUAUUUUGAUUAGUUUUGACGCUUAUUCAUUGUGACACAUUAAAUAAACAACAACUAGGUAAUGUAUGCAUCCAGGCGCCAUUUUUUCUUUGCUUUUAUUUCUUUUUGUAAUACUAAUAAAACGCUUAAAUUUGAGUCCAAACCUUAGGAAUGUUGAUAAGAAAAAAAAACUUGAACAAAAGUGUGAAAAUGGUAUUUUUGCACAUUUUUCUUUUAAAUAAAUGCCUGCAUUAUUUUUUACACAAAUAUUAUAAAAUUUUUUGGUAAAAACAUCCUCUAGUAAGAUUAUGUAUUCAUUGAAGCUCUUUGGGGGUACAGUCCCUGACUACCCUCGUAGGCUUUUUUUUCACAAAAAAUUGUAGUUUUAUCAUGCACAUCAUCACCUCUGAAAAAAUUAAUACAAACAUCACAACUAUGUUUAAAACUACAUUUUCGUAAUAAAUAUCCACCUACAUACACUAGUGCGUUGCAUUUUUCUGUAUGUAAAUUUUGAUAAUCUUUGCUGUCGAUAUUUAAAAUUGGUGUAUAAUUUUUUGUUGGAUUUAAAACCGAUACCCGUUUUACUAAAACUGGAGUUAUGGUGACUAAUAUAUCACUUACAUCCGCUAAAUAAUUGGAACCUUUCUUUUCAUCACAACACCUUAAAGCAAAGAGCUUUUUAAAAGUCCUACAAAACUGAAUGGGAGUUGGAUUUUUAGCAUUUCCAGAAGCAUUCCUGAUUUGUCCAAAAUAAUUUUCCAGGCAAUCUUGGUUAAGGUUUCAAUACCUCCCAUAAUUUUAUUGUUGAUGAUAUGGUCAACCUCCAGCCAUAAAUAAAUCUUAAUGUUUUUUCGUUACAUCUUUUUCGAUUAUUUUGUUAGUUUUUCUAUUUUUUACUUUGCCGAUGACUUUUAAGGUGGAAAAAAAUCAAUUUUUUCUAAAAAUUUUAUUUGUUUUUCGGUCCCCAUAAAUGGAAUGAUAUCAGCGUACUUGAAUUUAAAAUGUCAAAUAAUUGAUUCAUAUCAUUUAUGAAAUUUGCUGUUGUCUUGGCCUCAACUGAUAUUUUUUAUUUUAAAUCAAUAUAGGUAUGCAUAGCAACGAAAACAGAAUGACUAAAUAACUGUUUUUUUUUUUUAUAAAAGGUAAAAAACACGAAAUCUACAGCAUCACAAAUACAUUUAAUAAAAUAACAAAGGUUACAUGUUUCGCUCGACUAGAGCAUCAUCAGACCUAAACAAUAAUUAAAAUUAUGUAACCCGAAAACAGGAGAAUUCAACAAAAACUUACCAUAACAUACACAAAACACCUAAUAUUUAAGUAAACAAAGAUUACAAUAAAGUGGCACUAUCUAUGUACAAAGAACUCAACUAAACAAUCAAAUCCUUUAUACAUUUCAGAAAUCUAACCAUCAUUUAAGAGUCUAGAACUACUUGAGGUUAUUAAAAACUAGGUGGCCAUCAAAAUCAAACCUUUCAUUAACACAGGACAGAUCUGGGCUUUUAAAAGCUUUACUAAUCUCCAUUGUCUCCAACAAGUCUAGUUUUUUACUUUUGUUGCAUUGAUGCAGUAUUUUUAUAUUUUGGCUGUCAGGAAAAUCAUGUCUGGAGUCGAGAAGGUGAUUAGCAAAAGCUGAUCUGGUCACUGUGAUUUCGGUAUUUUUAAAUUUAUUGUAUUGGGCCUUGUGUUCACUAAUCCUAGUAGAAAUCUUCGUUAGAUUUCUGAAAUGUAUAAAGGAUUUGAUUGUUUAGUUGAGUUCUUUGUACAUAGAUAGUGCCACUUUAUUGUAAUCUUUGUUUACUUAAAUAUUAGGUGUUUUGUGUAUGUUAUGGUAAGUUUUUGUUGAAUUCUCCUGUUUUCGGGUUACAUAAUUUUAAUUAUUGUUUAGGUCUGAUGAUGCUCUAGUCGAGCGAAACAUGUAACCUUUGUUAUUUUAUUAAAUGUAUUUGUGAUGCUGUAGAUUUCGUGUUUUUUACCUUUUAUAAAAGUGUAUGACCAGCAUCUUUGGGAUAAUGGAUGAGUUUUUCGAGCUAAAUAACUGUGAUGCCAAUUUUACCCUCAUUUUUUUAAAAUCAUUUGGAUUUAAAUGGUCAUCUGUUAACUUUGGUGCUAAGCGAAACUGUUUUGCCUUGUCCAGUUUGUACAUCUCUUCAAUGUAACAUUUUUCAGUAAUCUGCCUCAUAAUCAUUAAGAUGAAACUUUGAAGAAAAUAAGUUAUUUCUUGUCGAUUUUAAUAAAUGGGGGGCGUCAAACAUAAAAAAAACUUUUAUAUCAUCAACAAAAAUAUAUGGUUUUUCUAUUGUUAAUAUAAGAGUUGACUUAACUAGUUUAUAAAAGUUUGGACCCUGAUCAGUAGUUACGGCUAAAACAUUUAAUCCUACUUUUUUAAGCUUUCGUAUUGCCUCAAAGAUUAUUUCUUUUAAAUCAUCAACGUUUGUGGAGUUUUUAGUAAAGAAAUAUGAAAUAGAUAAAACAAUAGGGAAUACAAAAAAAAGAAACACUUGGGUCGUUUGAAUGUUUUUUGCAAGAUUCAACGCAGCAGUAUUGUCCGUGAGAAGCCAUUACAUUAAAGUAAAUGUCCGUAAAACUAGCACUAAAUAACAGAAUAUUAAAUUCACAAAAACAAGAAAUUUUGGCACACUCGGUAAACGUCGAAAAUAAACUGAAGCGAGUCAACCCUAUAACCACAUUUCGUCGACGAACCGAUAUAAGUCCCCCGCAUGCUCUAUAAGAGGCACCUGUCGCCAGAAACCUGGAAAAAAGAGAAUCAAUUAGUGUGUAAUUAUCACUAAGGGCCAGUUCUACAAUCAUGUUUUUAGAAUAAUUGCUAAAAUUACAAUUGUCUCAACAAUCGUUGUCAUAGUAAUUACUCCAGGAAAAAAGUUAUACCAUGUUUGUAGAACUGGCCCUUAGUGAAUUAUUUGUAGUGAUAUGUGAACAUUCUACUGUUAAUUUUUCACUAAUAAUUGAUUCAUAAAAAUGAGAUUACUUUUUGAAAACAUCCAAUUUUAUUCUUUUUUUUUUUUUAGAAGAAGCUGCUAAAAAAAUCUUUACGAGAUGUCUUCAGAAAUGAGCUGAAGAAGUUGCCGAAACCUAAAUCUGGAGACCAAACUUCUUCAAACUUUAGUUCAAAGUGCACUUACUUUAAGAUUUUAUGGUUCCUUAAGGAUUAAAUGACUCCGAGACAGCUAACUGGCAACUUACCCACUGACGAUAACGCAAGGCAACUAAACGAAGAUCUUUUAUUUCCUGAUGAUAUCGACGAUGAGACAUCUGUUACUCCGGAUGAAAGAAUUGAAUCAGAACAACUGUUAUCUGACCACAAUAACUAAACUAUUGCAACUACUAGCUCAGAUAAAAAUGUACGUCAAGAGCCAACUGACUGUGGGCAUCCGCCAAAACGUCCUGCAAAAAGAGCAGCUAAAAGAAAAGAAGACUUUGAAAUUGACGUUCUUAAAGCAAAUAAUUCCGUUUUAUCGACACAAUCUCAAAUUACUCAGGAUGAUUAUUAUCACUUUCUUAUGAGUUUCCAUACACCGCUAAAAAAAUGCGUUUUGAAACAAAGAUGUGGUUUCGUCUCAAGAUGCAGGAACUGCUUUACCAAGCCACAGUGAACGAGUACCAUAUUGAAAAUAUAAGUUUUGCCAAUAAUAUGCCAACUCAUCAGCCACAAAUGACACACACUUUUGUGGCAACACCAUUGGGUUCACCCGCUUAUUCCACAGAAUCAAAUAGUUCUUACACAAUUCUCCCCUGAAGAAAAAAGACAUAUUUUAUACGUUUACAUUUCUAAAAUAACUGUAAUGAAUUUGAAAUAAAAUAUUUAAGUACUCACGUAUAUUUGAGCAUUUUUUUCUUACCUUAACGUUACGGCAAGGCGUUCUUUAACGCUGAUUGGAACCCUCCAGUUUGUUGUUAUUUUUCCACUAAUGGUGUCAUACCAUUUUCAAUAAGUAUGAAUGUUUCCAAAGACAUUCGGAUAUAUUCUCGAAAUUUGUCAGGAUAUAGGGUUAAUUCGGAGAAUAAAUGUUGAAAUUUCAUGUACCCAUUUCUUUUUUUUUACUUUUAAUUUUUUUAUAUAUUGUAAAAAUGAAUUUUUUAAUAAUAAUAAUUCCAUGGUAGCUGGAACUAACGCAGGCAGAGGUUUGAUUUACUACGCUUUUGUUUAUCGGCUUCUAUUAAAACACAACCAAAAUAUAGCAAGUAAUCAAAAGCAUAGCAUCUCAUAGCAAAGCUUAUCGCUUAAUCGCGUCCUGUGUGCACGUACACUAAAUCUAUUAAGAUUGCGACCAUUAAGAAAAUAUUUUGUGGUUUUAUGUACAGGGUUAUUUUUUAUGGUUGCCCCUCUGGGGUGCAUUGAGAAAAUCGAAAAGAGGUCAAUGAACUAUUAUUUUGAAUAUUAUUAUCCGAAUGUUAGCCCUAUUUUGUAAAUAUAAUAAAGUUCUAAUUAAUGUGAAUGUUAUUGAUGUUGCUGCUCUUUAAUUCUUUUUCACUGUUUUCACAUAAUAUAAUUACCUAACACCUUUUACGAACCUUUUUGUAAUUAAUUAAGUUAUGUUCUAUUUACAUGCACUAAUUAACACUUUUUUUUUGAAAAUUAUUUAAUAUAGUAAUUAAUUAUUAAAGUCUGAUUAUUUACUAAUGCUGCACGUUCUAUUAAACUUCUAUAUUAAAAUGGCUAAUUUUAUAUGUACCUUUAGAGAAAUAAUUAUUAUAUAACGGUCUUUGUAAAAUGAUAUAAAGUAUUAAAAGUAUUUGUCUGU